AUUUCUCAAUCUUUUUUAAAUUGAUAAGAAAUACACUUAGUACCUUGACAUAUGUCAUUAUUAAUCAUAAAUAUAUCUCGAGAAACCACAGCAGCUUGUAGGCUAUUUUCACUUGCAUACGCACCAAGUGAAGAUGUUGUGGAUUCUUCUUGUUGCUGGCAUAGCAUAUGGCCAGGAUUGUGGAGCCAAGCCUCCCCAAAGACCAUGGGCCCCUGCGAUCACGAAUGGUCGAGACUCAGAUCCAAAUGCUUGGCCUUGGCAACUCAGUCUAAGAUAUAAUGCCGAUGGAGUGGAACCAUUUGGUCACACUUGCGGAGCCUCACUCCUUAGCCCUAAUCUGGCCUUGACUGCUGCUCAUUGCGUUGACCCAGAAAUUGGAGGCCCAGAACGUGACAUCCCAGCCAAUUUUAGACUUAUCGCCGGGGCCCAUGCAAUGGAACUGACUGGAAGUGAACAGGUCCUUAGCGUCUCCGAAAUCAUUAGACAUUCCCGUUAUGUUGCUGACUCCACCAUCGGAUUCCCCAACGAUAUCGCUCUUUUGAGGCUCGCUGCCCCCGCUAAUCUGGAUGACCCCAAUGUGGCGGUUGUCUGCAUUCCCGAAAACUCCACCCAUCUCUUCGAUGGAAGACCCAAUUGCUGGAUGACUGGAUGGGGACUCGUUGACUUCUGGGAUGGCCGUCUCCCCACAGUGCUUCAAGAGGGAGAGCAGGAAUUGCUGACCAACGAAGAGUGCCAGGCAGAGUUCCCAUUCCCUAACCUUAGAGAGACACAUCAGUGUGUUGGCCGUGGUGCAGAUGGCACUCCAGGAGCCUGCCAGGGCGACAGCGGUGGACCAUUGACUUGCUUAGAGGACAAUGGAAAAUGGUAUCAGGUUGGAGUGACAUCUUUCGGUAUCCUUGGAUGUGAAGGGGCGCCAUCUAUGUACACCCGUGUCGCCGCCUAUCGGGAAUGGAUCAUUGACAGAAUCAACGCCCCAUAGAAUAAUUUCACAAUGAAAUGUAACAAUACCAAUCCGAAAUAAAUGAUAAAUCACUAACUAGGUCAAAC